AUGGUCAAAGCUUCCAAGCGAACAACACUGUGGCAACAAAACAGUGCCAUCCAGCUACAGCAGUGGCUCCCUCCUGGAGUCAGGACCUGGCAACCUCACUGGGGCCUUGGGGAGGGCAGAGCCAAGCAGAAGCACAGCCCCGUCGACCUGCCAUCCAGAUACAGAAGCAGCACUUUCAAAGGAAGUAUUGCUCAGCAGAAGCCGCUCGGCUUGAUGAGGGUGCCCGAAGGCGGUCCGUAA